AUGAAGCUCUCCAUCAUCACUUUGCCAAUCCUCGGCUUCCUCGCCUCCAGCGCUGCUGCAGUCAAGAUCGACACCAAGAGCCGCGACGGCGAGGUCUCCACGACCUUCGUGCCCUUUGGCGAGUGCGGCAACUUCCCUGAGCCUGCCGUCGCCGCUCACACCGUCGCAACCCCCAAGCUCGACAAGAGCAAGUACUACCUCUGCAUAUUCUUCGACAAGCCCGACUGCCGCGGGACCAACGUCGGCAACGCGAACGAGGGGAAGAAGUCGCCUGAGUUGAAGAAGUGGGCCAAGUCGGCGCACUGCUUGAAAUAG